AUGCUUGAGGAAAUCGAGACGGCAACGGGCAACGGGACUUUUAAACGACUUGAAUGGGCCCCAAGCUGGUUCACUGUCACGCCUAUUCGGAAAGAAAUCCACGAGAAACCCUUCACGACAGCUCACAAGCGCUCAACAUUCUUAAUCACACGACGUCGUAUUUGGAUCAUUUGGCAAAUAGGGGAUCAUCUUCAUUCGACGCCAGAUUCGAUGCAUAACUUUCCGGGGCUGAAGAUUGAUGCACGACCGACUGAAACUUGGCUGGUAGAUAAUUUCAACGACGAUAAUUUCAACAAUCUCAACGACGACUUAAAUCGAGAAGAACGAGGCGUU